CAGGUGGUGGUGAUGGUGGUGGUGUUAGUGGUGGCAGUGGAGUCUCGCUACCAUAUACUCUCCCCUUCUCCCUUCCUUAUUCUCCCUCAUACUUGGAUUACACUUACUCCUGAUCCGCCAUGACAGCUGUCACCCUUGCAAUAUACGAGAUGAGUGAAACGAAGGAAGAGGCGCUGUGCAACAACGCCCAAAACCACCGGCAGCAGCUCCUGAACCACCAACAGGAGCUAGAGCGCGACCUGGAGGCGGGGUCCUGCGCUGACGAGGAUGACGAAGAGGAGGAGAACACCGACGAGGGCGGAGAGGGGGAAGAGGGUGAAGGAGUGGAGGAAGGGGGCACCCCGGACAGCAAACCCAAGACCAUCAUCCCUCCCCUGUAUAACGUGGAGCCCGGGUGUACGGCCCUCGGCUGCUACUCCGCCAUCGCCACCUUCAUCGUCAUGACUAUCGGCAUCGUAGCGCUGCUCAUGUACUCCUCUCCGCCUAAUGUUACAGCCGAAAACCUGGUUUUCGACGGUGAUCAGAUGACCACCUUGCCCGCCUUCACCACACAGCCGGACUCGAGCCCGCAAUAACCUCCUGUGUAUCCUCUUCGCUUGCUUCUGCCAUCGUUGGCUCCUCCUCGGUGAUGGCUAUCCAGCAGCUCUUCCCUUGCCUGUUAGAGAACGUGUAUCUAUUCAAAAUAUUUCGCAUCAUCGUUUUCCCUCUUGAUUCACCUCUAUCACCUAUCAUCCAGUUUGUUUGCUAGAAAUAAUGUUAUGAUCUAUAUUCAUCGUGGGUUAAAACUCUGAAGGCUUAGAGGUGUAUUUUCAUUCAUUCUGUUUAGAAAUCGCUCGCUAUCCCAAUUAUUUCCGGUAAUUAUUUUUUUUUUCUGAAAUUACUGUUUAUAACAAUACACUGUUGUUUGGUGUGUUGUUUACUGCCCUUCACUUGAAAAUAAUAUAUUUUUGUUGCAUUUUGUCUGUUGAUGUAGAAAUCUCCAGCAAUUAUGUCUUUUUAUUUUUUAUAUUCCUUCAUCUUUCUAUGUUUUAUGGAAUGGUGUUGGUAUGGUGUUACUAUGGUGGUAUGUUUUCAUGGCCUUUGGGGGCUCCACCCUUCACGUUAUCUCUCUUUCCUCCCAUUGCAAUACGGACAGUUAAGUGCCCCAAUACUUAAUGGGGCACUUAACUGUCCUCGUGAGUGCUUGUUGAAUAUCUUUGUUCUUGAGGUGUGUGGGGGGGGGGGGGAACAGACUUCCCACUUAAUGAAAGUAUUUGUAUUGCUGCUCAUUCUGUUAUCAUUCAAGGGAAUUGUCCAUCUACACACACACACACACGCACACACACACACACACACACACACACACACACACACACACACACACACACACACACACACACACACACA